CGCAUGGUGGCGCUAUACUAUCUUUGGUCUUCUCGGUGGUUGUUGUUGCUGUGCCUGUGUGCAUCAAUAUUUUGAAUUCAUGCUAGUAUUUAUCGUUAUCUGAAAAUGAAUUUAGAACUAUUAGAAUCAUUUGGCCAAAACUAUCCCGAGGAAAGUGACGGUACCCUAGAUUGCAUUAGCAUAGCCCUGACCUGUUGCUUCAACAAGCGAGGCAGUCUUUUAGCUGUUGGUUGCAACGAUGGAAGGAUUGUAAUCUGGGAUUUCUUGACAAGGGGCAUCUGCAAGAUCAUUAGUGCGCAUAUUCACCCUGUAUGCUCGUUAAGUUGGAGUCGAAAUGGUCAUAAGCUACUGAGCGCCUCUACAGACAACAUGGUAUCUAUUUGGGACGUCUUGUCAGGUGAUUGUGAUCAUCGUUUCAGGUUUCCUUCUCCUGUUUUAAAGGUCAUCUUCCAUCCCAGACAAAGGGACAAGAUGCUGGUAUGUCCCAUGAAACAUACACCUGUCCUACUUAGUCUUGAUGGAACCCACUCAGAUAUACAAUUAGAAGAAGAUUCCGAUUUAAACAUUGUUGCCACAUUUGAUCGCAGAGGAAGUCAUAUUUACACAGGCAAUGCCAAAGGAAAGGUUAUUGUCGUCAAUACUAAAACUUUACAGGUGGAAGCAAGUUUCCGAGUCAGCUCAGGCUCCAGUAAUACCACCGCCAUCAAAUCCAUUGAAUUCGCAAGGAGAGGAAAUUGCUUUUUGGUAAAUACAGCUGACCGUGUUAUCCGGGUGUAUGAGAGUAGGGAGGUGUUAGCCUGUGGCAAAGAUGGUGAACCAGAGCCUAUACAAAAGCUUCAGGAUCUAGUGAAUCGAACUGCAUGGAAAAAAUGCUGUUUCUCGGGAGAUGGAGAGUACAUUGUUGCAGGAUCUGCAAGACAACAUGCUCUAUACAUUUGGGAAAAGAAAUACGGCAAUUUAGUGAAGAUUCUUCAUGGAACAAGGGGUGAACUCCUAUUGGAUGUUGUAUGGCAUCCGGUUCGUCCAAUCAUUGCAUCUGUUUCCAGUGGUGUUGUAUCUCUGUGGGCACAGAAUCAAGUGGAAAAUUGGAGUGCAUAUGCCCCAGAUUUCAAAGAACUUGAUGAGAAUGUUGAAUAUGAAGAACGUGAAAGUGAGUUUGACAUUGAAGAUGAGGACAAGUCAGUGGAGGAUCCUGUUGAUGCCCGACAACUGGAGGAUGAGGAAGUUGAUGUUGUAUCUGUGGAUGCAAUCGCUGCAUUUAUGAGCAGUGAUGAAGAAGAUGAAGACAACGAUGUGUUGUUAUUUCUACCUGUGGCCCCCGAGAUAGAGGAGCCAGAGGAACCAAGUUGGGCGCCUGCAACUGACCCUACUGAUGAACCUUUGGCUGAAAAGCGAGCUGCCACAGGAGAGUCCAACAGUCCAUCACCAAAGAGGAAGAAACUAAAAGCCAUAGAGGUCGAUCUGCAAAAUGCACCAUUAGACGAAGUUCACCCUCUGUUAAGUAAAGGUGGCGAAAGCAAGACCAAGAAAAAAUCUACAACAAACUCCAAAUCGAAAAUCAACUCACGAUCAAAGGAAGGAAUAUCGAAACAAAGAAACUCGAAACAAACAUCAAAAGUUCGAUCAGGAGAGGGCCAGGAAUGAAAUUGCUCGGGAACAUUUUCCUCAUGUGAUGAAUCUGGUAUUAAAUACAUGAUGUAAUAAGCCAUUUUUUAGUUUCACUUGUUCACAGUUACACCAUUCGACGACCUCAUUUCAUGGUCUGAAUUUCUACUUUUUUCUGCUUUGUAUGGUCCUGAUACUGCAUCUAGCUGGCAAAAACGGAGCCAAAUUCAAGGUUAAUCUUCCGAACACAGUGUAAUACCAUUAUUAUACAAGUUUUUAAAUGUUCCUCAAAAUCUUAUUUCUCCCGUAUUUGGAAUUGCAUUCAUUGAUAGUAAAUUCGCGUGUUACAGAUGAUCCGCACAUAAGACAAACAUGAUUAAAAAAUCUAAAAUUUGUAUGUUGUGCAUAUCCUAUCUGUUUUUCCAUCGUAAGUUGCUAUUUUAAGUCUUGUCUUAUACUUGAGUAUAUACGUUAACAUUAUGUUGAUUAUUUUUACCCGAGACCCGAUAUCAUAUGAGGAUACCUCCCCAUUUACCGAAUAUUCAAUUUUUGAACCAGGUUUUGCCGAUCUCUUCUUAUCUCUAUUAAUUGCUGCUUCAGGGAAUUUUGUAUUAAGAUUAACAGUGAAGCUAAUUAACUGUGAAUACAUUAUAAAAAGACAAGCACAAUUAAAUUAAAAACUAUGUUGUAACUUCUAACAAAAGUCAUUGAUUUUUAAAAUUCAAAAACAUAUAUAUCCAUUAUGAUUUUUAUCUUAAAUUACAACUAAGGUAUUAAAAAUCCUUAACAAAUUUAUGAACAGGUUUUAAGAACUACACUGGUAAUUUAUUAACAAAUAGCAUUGCCUGCUGUGAUAGUACUCUUAAGUAGAGGUAUUCUUUUUUGAUGUUUAAUUGGAUUACAGUAUUGAGAUAAGACUGACAAAACCUGAUAAAUGGGAUAGUAACAGCAUGACAUUAAGUUUAGGUCUCCCAAGUGACAACUUUUUUUGGACCCAUGGGAGGGCACUUCCGAGGGGUUCAACAUUUAUUUGGUUAUUUAUAUAGCGCCUUUGCCCUGGUCAUUGGGUCCUUUGCUUAAGUGCUGACAAUCCCACCAUUAAUCCAAUUAUACUACUGGGUGGAUUCCUUGUUCAUAUUUAACUUUAAGUCUAUGAUCUGCUGUCCUUUGUAACAUAUACUGUACAGAUCCUUUCUUUAAAACAUUCAUUGUCCUCUAGACUUUCAUGUACAAUCUUGUUUUAUAUUAGAAUUAGAUACAUACAUGUAGAGAUGGAUUAUCCUUCAUAUUUUGGUAUCAACAAUAUUUGAUAAUAUAGAAAUGUAAAAUUGCAUCUUCUGCUAUAAUGUCCAGAAGUAUGUCAUCUGUAUUAUAUUGUACUCUACUAUUUUUAACAUUAAAAACAUAAGUAAUAAGAAUG